CGAAUCCAGACGAAACUGGCCGACAGCGACGUCAGCAUAUUUCGUUCUUUCGUUUUUAGCCUGCUGCGUGCGAAGGAGAGAGAGGAAAAAACGGCUCUCAGCAAAGCAACAAGACGGAAGAGCAAUGGCGACACUGGAUCGCCAAAUACCAAGUCUGGAUACCUUCCUUUGCGAGCCUUGGUCUUCCUUCGUCAGUGCGGCUAAAUUACCUCUUGUUGACAACUCAUCCUUGGAUAACAGUGACAAAGAGCUUUGCUGCCUCAGUGAAGCCGUGAAGCACAGCAAACAAGAGAUGAUCGUCUACAGCCAGUUUCCAGUACUGGAGGAUUUUUGUCUUGUUGUCUGCCAUGUCUGCAAUCAGGUGGUCACUCCUCAAGGCAUCCUUACACACUAUGAGAAGCGCCACAUUUCCCCCAUCCCCUCCCGGAGCCCCCUCGUCCCCAUGAAGCCCAAAGCACCUGCAGUGGCCCCCGCUGUGGCUCCCAGUCCUGGGGACACGCUGGCCUUCAGGGUCCCUAAAGAUUACCCUCAUUCCCGCUUCAGCAAGGCACCGCUUGCCGUGUACCCACCAAAAGGAGCACGGAACAAGACGUGUGUAUCUCUUCCGGUCGUAAGCCUCGAGAAGAUGCCGUGCCUCAACCGAGCCGACUCGGCUUCACACGUGCGCGUCACCUCCUCCUCUUCCUCCUCGACCUCUCCCUUGUCCCUAAAACCUUCAUCCCUCACUCCCCCCACCUCCCAACGGUCCAGCGAGAAGCUCCUGAACGGCCGCAGCACCAGUGGGCCGUCCACGCCACGCUCCACCACGUCUCCGUCCUCACUCGACGGGCGGCCCAGUCCGGCGCGCUCGCCUCUGGACAGACGGCCAUCAUCUACACCUUCUCCUUCCCCACUGGACCGGAGACCUUCCCCAUCACCUUCCCCUUCUCACCGAUCCGGCGCUCUGCCGUUAUCUUCGUCACCAUUGGAGAAGAAGCACCAAAAUGGGACGAAGACUUCCUCCAGGUCGCAGAAAAGACUCUCAGGGAGAGUGUUUGAUCCCAACAAGCACUGUGGAGUCCAGGACCCCGAGACUAAACGACCCUGCACGCGGUCGCUCACCUGCAAGACCCACUCCUUAACCCACCGCCGGGCCGUCCCUGGCCGAAGGAAACAUUUCGACGUCCUUCUGGCUGAACACAAGGGGAGGUCGAAGGAGGGAGCAAAGGAGAAGGAGAGAGAUAAGGAUGGAACGCAGGGAGGGAAGGAAGGUGGCCGCCAGAGUACCACAUCACAUGAGACCGCAAGUCCGAGCAAGCCUCACUGCCCAAAUGGACGACCCCUGUCCACACUUAAGCUACGGCUGGCAAAUGCACACAUACCCAGGGUUCCAGGCUCCAGCACCAGCACCUCCAGUCCUGUGCCCUCAGUGCCAGCCCCUGCCUCAGCCCCUAUCACAGAGCCGUCCCCCCACAGCUGGAUGGCGGCAGCAGGGGAUGGCGGCCGUCUCUCCAGUGACGAGGGAGAGGCAGAGUCUCCAGAGGACGCUGACAGACCUGCCUUUCAUUGCUCCAAUCACCAUCCACAACCUUUAGGGUGUUGCGUAUUCAGCAGCAGGCUCAUGGGUCGGGGCUACUAUGUGUUCGACAGGCGAUGGGACAGGAUGAGGCUGGCGCUCCAGAACAUGGUGGAAAAACACCUUAACGCACAGAUGUGGAGGAAGGUGCCUCUGGCUUCUGAGAGCCUCCUCACCCUCUCCUCCUCUGGUACCUCCCCCGUCACUUCACAACAGGCUCCCUCUCCUGCCUCCGUCACUUCUCCUCUCCUCUCCUCCCCUUCCAAUUCCCGCUUCUACACAGCCACGUUUCCUCAGUCCACAUCCGCGGCCGGCUUGUUCAGCAUUCGAGACGCUGCACAGCCCGUCGCCCCAAUUUCCGCACUGGGUAAAGCCCGUAAUGGCACGCAUAAAACCAGCCGCCAAUCCAAAGACAUAGAGGACUCAGUAGUGGGAUCUAAGAAGAGGAGAAACUCUUCCUACUCCACCUUGUCCUUUUCUUCUUCCUCCUCCUCCCCCUCCUCCUCCUCCUUGUUUCCAACUGUGGAUAAUCACAAGAGGAAUGGCAGCAGCUAUCAUCCAACAUUACAAGGUUCAGGGGGAGCAACCACAGCCAGGAAGAAGGGACCUGGCCUUGGAGGAAGUGAGCUUUGGAGCGGUGGAGAGGACUGGCUGUCCAAAGUCGACGGGUCUCAAGGCCACAACUCGCAGAACAGUCGUGAACUUGGCACGACGAGUAUAUCCUUCUCAACCAACAGAGAGCCAGCCUCAGGACCCCAUCAGUCCUUGCCUCCCCCCUCCGGACCCUUGGCUUAUGGGGGAGGAGCGGAGGGGAGGAAGAGGAGGAGUCCCAGCUCUUACAGAGGGAAGGCCAGCAAACUGAGCAGGCCAGGCGGGUUGGAUGGCCUCUUUGGGAAUGGGAGCGAUAGCGGGGGAAUACUGGCUACGGGGCCUGAGUCCCCAAGACAGGCCAAAUUGCAUCACUGACAGAAACCAGUUUCAUGGACUGAAUGUUGGGCAGCUGUGCAGGCCACCACCGUUUGUGACCUUUCACCUCACCACUCUUCCACUGACCGCACCAAUCAGACUACUUCACGAUGUCACCCCAUUUCAGCCAAUGACAGUUCAGUUCACCCGCUGUGACGUCAGGGCACUGGAGCCCACACAGUUGGCAGUCACUUCCACUCUCCACCUUUUAAUUAUGGAGCGUUUUGAUGGAAAGCUGUGGUGCAUCACUGUGGUCGCGGUCUUUACGGAACAAGACAGCGGAAACCAAAAAACUAAUCCGCUGAAAAGGGAAUUUGCCUCCCAGAGUUUUCAAGGCAUUGUGAAAAAUACCACCACUGUUUUGGGGAGACAGUUUUUGUUAACAGUUGCAGUUUAUUUUCUGGUUCUUCGGAUUGAUUUCCUGGUCUCUGUGUCCGAUCAGCUGACUAGGAUAAGAGGUCUGUGAUUGUUUUUGGGAGUUAGAUGGCUGAAGGACCUACUGACACGACUACUGUAGGACUCAGCCUUCAGCUAUUAUCCCACCACCAUUACACCCUUUUUCCUCUCCUUUUCUUGAUUUCAGCUUUUCUUCUUCCUCACAGAUGGAAGAGAGCAGCAGCUGUAGUAGCUGGGUUUUAUCCAGCUUCUUUCCCUCUUACAGCCUCUUCUUUUCUUCUUUGUUUCUCUCCAUUUUUCUUUAUAUGAAACAACUUUGUCAAUGUCUCAACAAGAGUCUUUUUUUCCCCUUUCCCCCUAUCCAUCCCAGCAUGCCUGUGUUCAAAGUGCACUUACUGCCCUCGCUUCCUCUAGCUUCUCUUUUCACUGACUUCAGAGCAGUCUUCGGCAGUGCUUCACAAGGACCUGUUCACACAAGGGAAGAAAAAAGAAAAAGCUUCUGUGUUACCAACGACGCCGCUUCAAUGCAUUGUAUUUCAACAUAGGACGAAAUCCGAUUUCAUUUGAAGAUUGUUUGUUUUGUCUUCGAUCCGGGUUUAAAUGUUGCAAGAAACACAAACUCCUGUCUGUGUGUCAGGACUUGCAUCCAAAAAGGAAAUUAUUACUACGGUGUUGGAUCUUUUUUUGUGUGUGUGUUUGUGUAUAAUAAUUUAUCGUUCUAAAAUGAUUUUCUAACUGAGCAUCAAGGUUUUGAGCGACAGAGACUUUUUCCAGCAAAAAAUAAUUUCUAUGGCAUUUAGUAGAAAUGUUGAAAGUAUUAUGAUGAGUUCAUAUUGUUGAAAAUGUGUACAUAUCUUGUGUUAUUUUUGUAUUUAUUAAUAUUUUCCCCCUUUUACUUCAUCUAAGCUCAAGAGAGGCAAUUUUGCCCUCCUUCCUUGGUCUGUGUUUAAGAAUGUUGAUGAGAUUGGCCUGACUUCUCAAAAUCUUCAAGACUUUGUUCAUUAGCAAGUUUGUUUAAAGAAUAAUUAAUAUGCAAACACAGCCAAGUAUGGAGUUUGAUUGUGACUGGCAUGUAUGCCAUUUUGAUUUCAAGAACAGCCUGAGGUGAGUCUGAAAAUGAUUUUAUUCAGCGGUGAUGACCAUCUCUUGUAAAAUCUAGUUAAUUAUGUUGGGAAAAAAAAAAAGUUAACUCAAACUACUCAUAUAUCCUAGUCAUAAUAGUGAGCAGUCUUUUGUGGUUAGUUGACGUGAAUUUUACAAACAGGAAAUGUUGCAGUGCAGCUUUGGACAACUGCUGACAAAGAAACUUCACAAAGAGAAGAUGUAGUUUGAAAUCAGGUCAGAGCUAUAUCCGUCAUCAGCGGAAUUUAUUCAGUAUCACAUGACCUCAGCACUUCGGUGAACCUCAUUGACCACUUUGUUAAGAAUUUGUCCUCUUUAGAAGUUUAAGAGAUGAUGGUCCAUUGAUGGUGAUGUUUCUAUUCAGUAUUUCUUUAAAUUUUUAAAACUUGCACUAAUGAACAAAGGUUGAUUUUUGUGAAGCCAGGCCCUGGGUAGUAUUUUCAUAUAAAGGGCCCCACAUUCCUGUUUGCCUGUGGUUCCACCCUUUUUCACACUUCUUCCAGUGGUCAGAAUUAUAGCUAUAUUUUUAAAGUGUAUCUUCCAGGACUGAUUGGUCUAUUUCGGUGAUUAUGAUUGUGUGUGUGUGUGUGUGUGUGUUGUGUGUGUGUAAAAUCAAAGCCAGGUCAAAAUGCCUUCACUUACUUCUUGGUAUCAUUUUGGUGGCCCAGUAGCUCACUGCACUGAAAAUGCAGUGCAGUCUUUGCUGUGAGCCUUUUAAUGUCUUUUAUAUAUUUUUAACAUACACACAUACAGCAUCGGGUGUAUAAACAAGUGCUAAUUGAGAAGAAGACACUCAGAACCCAGAUUUUAAAAAAUUAUGUGCAAAACAUAAUUAAAACAGAAUGUGAUAAUUUGCUAAUCCCUUUUUGACAUAUAUUCAAUUGAAAACAAUGUAAGUAAGUUAAUGUAAGUUGCACACAGGCUGGGACAGAAGCAACAAAAGACUUGAGUGUUCUGUACUGCUCAAAAAACACCUGUUUGGAACAAUUCACGCGUAAACAGGUUAACUGGUGACCGGUGGUAGUAAUCAUAAAUUUGAUGUGAAAGGCUCAAUGGUUCAUAAGCAAGGAUGGGGCGAGGUUCACCACAUGAUUAUGUAAAGGAUAUUGCUACAUGGGCUUGGGAACACUCCAUAAAACCAUUUGUUGGUUUGCAAAUGAUUGCAUUCUGUUUUCAUUUACGGCAUCCCAACCUUUUAGGGAUGCCGUAAGUUAAAGAGAGAAUCUUGUGCAUAUAUUUAUUUAACUAAAUUUGACUUAAAUUUAACUGCCAUGUUGUGCAGAUGCAAGAAAAAUGGCAAGAUUCAUGAAAUUCGAGGUGAUUUCCAUGCUUAAAAGUGGUAUCAUGGAUGUAUCACAACAAUGUGUCAUAAAAUAAAGGUAAAAGCCUUCAGAUAGUCUGAAAAGUACCCUGUCUGUUCAUCCGGUGUUAAGCCAAAGUAACUGAAAGCAUUUUGAUUUGCUUAACGGCAGCGUGAAACUGUGAGCAGAGCUCCCACUUGGUACAUGCCAACUGCUUCAGUGGUAAUAACUUCUAGGACUUAGUUUCAUCUCUUUUUUUUUUUUUUUAUAUGCUUUUGUCUCGGAACCAUCUAAGCACUAAAGAUGAACGAAUUGUAUAUAAUCAGUUGUUACUUGUGUUAUGCUUUUCCCAAGUGCUUCCCAUGAUGACAGCGUGUGAGAUCGUCUGAUAGCUCCUAGAUCAGUUUAGUGAUGUCGACUCGUUGGGCUUUAUUUUACCGCAGAUGCACAUCAGCUUACUGGGUUGUUAACAUGCCUACAGUUACAUUAUAAACUGUUUCUUGUUUAACACGACAUACCAACAGAUGUACUAUGUAGAUGUUUUAUGUUGGUUCGAUGGCUGAAAGUCAUGCUUUAGAUGGAUUUAUGCUCAUGCAAGACUCGUUUUCCGCUCUUCUCACAUGUAUCUACAGAUCAAAGACGACGAUCUUAGUGCUAAGAUGCUUUUGGGAAUGCCACCCUUACUUACUGUCUAUAGUCAUGGAAAUGGGAAUUUACAGUCUGUUGCAGCUAAAAUUAAGACAAAAGCUCAUGGAUGUUGAUUUGAAAGCAGUUGUAUGUUAUAUUAUUUGCUGUUGAAUUUUAUGGAGGUAUUAAUAGUUUGGUUUUUUUUUUUAUCCUCCCCCUUCCUUUUUUGCACUUUGUCAUAAUGCCCAGAUCUUUAAUCAACUUCUAUUUAUAUAAAUAUUUGAGAUAUUAAAAAAAAUCUCUAUAUAUAUAUAUAUAUAUUUGUAAAUGUGUUUCUGGCAACUACAGUAAAAGAUGAAGAGUAUAUUGGUAGUGAGUUGGCCUCUAAACCAGCACACUGUUGUAGUUUGUUGUGUUUGAUCCAAACUGUGCUGAAUGUUGAAUGUCUGAAAAAUGCCUUGUAAGAGUCGGGGUUUAUUCACUACAGUUGGAUCAGAAAAAUGAAUUUCCCUUCAAUACAACUGAACACUUGCUGUAAAAAAAAAACUGUCUUAUAUCCAAGCUUUUAUUAAAUGAUUGAAAGUGGAUGUUGUGUUAUUUGUAAAUCGGAGAUGCAGCAUUUGAAUUGGAAGGAAAGUCCCGCUUAUGUUUGUUUUUAUAAAUGUCACUUGUCAUUACUGCAACUUUCUGUCAGAUGUUUUCAUAAGAUAUUUUUGUGUUGCAAGAGAAGAGCAGAAACCUAUUCUGUGGCUGUCAGUGUUUCACAAAGGAGCUUCAAUUAUAUAUUUUGUACUUGUGUUUUAACA